UUGAAAUCAUUUCAAAAGUUGCAAGUGAUAUGGAUGCCGAAAAUUAUAUUUCGCUUUAUUUCGCUGCUGUAGAACAAGUGAAGUGAUGCAAAUUUCUGCUCAAAGCGAAGCAAUGGUCACAGGCGCACGAGGUCAUCAUGGAGUGUUUUGCCAUGGAUUGUGUUCAACGGUGGAAAACUUCCAUCAUUUAAAUUCGAUACUGAACGAGUUCUAGAAUGUCAAACAAAUUUUCAACUGUUCCAUCAAGGGGCAGAUUUCGAGCGACUUCAUCCAGCUGAAUAUGAAGUUCAACCUGACCCGGAACGCGAUCGACGAAGAGGUGGUUAAAGCUUGGCUCGAGGAAUUCAAGACCAAACUGUCCGAUCUGUGCUCGGUGAUCAAGUUGUUUCCCUGCCCGACGCUGAAGCAUCGACUCUGUCAGAACGCAAUCACCCAGCUGUUGGUCAUCCGCUAUGCGUUGAUGCAAAAUGCGCUUGAGAAGCUGCUUCUGCCCCAGGAAUACGUCCUCGAGAAAUUGCGGCUGAGCGCGUUUCUGGAGGAGGAUCCGCGGAAGCAGCGAUGAAUAGCGUUUGAAAGAAAUGUAUGAUGUAAUUUUAAUCGCAAAGCAAUAUUACUACAAUGCUGAAACAAAAAAAAAACACUCUAGAAUAAAUGGAUGGGUACACAUCCUUUCGUACGCAAAU